AUGAAGUUACUGUUACUAGAUGUGAUUGUUUCUUCUCGGAAGGAUACUGAGUUUGAUAGAGGAUCAGUUGUUGCAUGCAUGUAUCGGCAAAUGAGACGGAAAGAGCAGGACAGGCUUGCAAGGAUGGAUGCAGGCUACCAGGGACGAAAGGAAAUAGCUGAGUUUGCUACGAGAAGAGAGGAAAGAAUGAAAGCUGCAGAGGAACGCACCGCGAAAAAGCGUUUGGAAAGGCAAAGGAAAAGGGAGAAGAAGAUGGAACCAAAAGGUGGUGGAGAAGAGCACCGGAAAGAAGAAUCUUCAGAUGAUGAAGCGAACUCUGAUGAUGGCAAUUAA